GGUUUUGCUUUUGUGCAGUUUUUGUUCUUGGUGCCUUGAUAUUUCUUGGAAGUCAACUAUGGAAGAUGCUGCAGUUCCAUGAUGGGGAUUCAGGGGCGGGUCAUAUUCCUCCGGGCAGCCGCGGAUUGCCGUUGAUUGGAGAGACUUUACACUUCAUGGCUGCCAUCAACAGUGGAAAAGGUUUCUAUGAUUUUGUUCGAAUUCGAAGUCGCAGAUAUGGACAUUGCUUCAAAACCAAUAUGUUUGGGGAGACUCAUGUGUUUGUAUCAAGUACUGAAUCAGCCAAAGCGAUCCUCAAUAAUGAAUUGGGUAAAUUCACAAAGAGGUAUAUAAUGUCCAUAGCACGGCUGGUGGGGGAUCAAAGCCUGCUCUGUGCUUCUUACCAACAUCACAAGUUCCUCCGCAGCCGUCUGCUCCAUCUCUUCUCUGCAAGUUCUGUAGCUUUACUGGUCAAGCAGUUCGAUAAUCUGAUCGUUAAUACCCUUUCCGGAUGGGAAGACGGUGGUACUGUGGUUAUACUCAAGGAAGCUUCGAAGGUGACCUUUAAAGCAAUGUGCAGAAUGUUGAUGAGUCUAGAAAGGGAGACAGAAUUGGAGAUGCUGCUAGAAGAUGUAGCUCAAGUUUGUGAAGCCAUGCUUGCUUUUCCUCUGAGGUUGCCUUGGACUAGAUUUCAUAUGGGCCUCCAGGCUAGGAAAAGAAUCAUGAGCAGAUUGGAGAAGAUAAUUAGUGAAAGAAGAAGCGGAUUAAGAGAUAGUCAUGAAGAUUUUCUGCAACACCUUUUAGCAGAGCAUGAUAAUUCUGGUUCUGAUGAAAACCGUAAGCUAACAGAUGCAGAGAUUCAAGAUAAUAUUUUGACCAUGAUCAUUGCAGGUCAGGAUACAACAGCAAGUGCAAUGACCUGGAUGGUGAAGUACCUGGGUGAAAAUGAAGAGGUCUUCGACACACUCAAGGCUGAGCAAAUUCACCUUGCAAAGAAAACUUCGAAAAAGCCAUUUCUUACCGUUGAAGAUCUUAGUGAGAUGGACUAUGCUUCUAAGGUAGUUAAAGAAUCAUUAAGAAUGGCGUCUGUAGUACCAUGGUUUCCACGGCUAGUUCUCCAGGAUUGCCAGAUUGAAGGAUAUAACAUAAAGAAAGGAUGGAAUGUUAACAUAGAUGCAAGAUCAAUACAACUUGAUCCAAUGGUAUACAAUGACCCUAACAAGUUCAAUCCAAGAAGGUUUGAUGAUGAAUCAAGACCAUGCAUCUUUCUUGCUUUUGGAAUGGGUGGAAGAGCAUGCCUAGGCAUGAACAUGGCCAAAGCCAUGAUGCUAGUCUUUCUCCACCGUCUUGUGACAACUUACAACUGGAAGGUAAUGGACUCAGAUUCAAGUGUUGAGAAAUGGGCAUUGUUUUCAAGACUAAGAAACGGUUGCCCUAUACAUGUGAAACGCAUCACACCUUAGCCUAAUUCUUGAAGAUUCUUACUUAAAUAAAGGAGUUGGUCGCUUUCAAGUAGAAAAAGGUUAGUAAAAGUAAGGGACGCUUGCGUAAUGACUAUAGGGUAGUGAAGAUUAGGAUUAGGCAAGGUGUGUCACCUAAUUCUCUGCAUCAUUGUAAAUACAUAAAACGUUAUGUAUUGA